CAUCGAACACCCUGACGAACGCUCCCACGAAAAAGGAAACCCACGUACAGAACUUGGGUGCGAACACUUUGUGCGACGCGCAUCCGUCAACCAUCGUUGAGCGAUAUCGGGCUUUGGCGCGCGUCCUUCGCCCACGUUUAGAACACUAGAUGCACGCAAUUGCCAGUGAACGACGGGGACGGCAUACACACACAACACCCCGCUCUGCUCCGUGUCUUCGCCAUGAUCAAGCACGCCAAGACUGUGACCCAAGAUGAAUGCGCACCCAAGAAAGCCGCCGAGACGUAGAGAUCAUCGCGUCAUACUGCAGUUUGACUAUGACUGUUUCUACGCUCAAGUAUUCGAGAACAGAAACCCGGCCUUGCGGUCUAAACCCCUUGGGGUCAAGCAGAAGAACAUCCUGGCAACAUGCAACUACAACGCGCGCAGUCUCGGGGUCCGCAAGCUCAUGCUCAUAUCCGAGGCAAAACGCCUGUGCCCGAGCCUCGUUCUGGUAGAUGGCGAGGACUUGACCCCAUUUCGGGAUACCAGCAAGACUCUGUUCAACUUCCUCCGCUCUCAUUCCUGGAACGGAAAGGUCGAGCGACUCGGGUUUGAUGAAGUAUUCAUGGGUAGGCCACUGCAGCCGCCCUAACCAGGAGUGCACGACUCGACUAGCUGACAAGACCAGACGUAACGGACAUGGUUGACUACAAUAUUCUCUGCUUGAACCGUAACUCACUGGGCGAUUCGUUCUUCCACCUGUCCGAGCAAGAUCCAGAACGAGGCUUCCUGUGCGAUCUCAACGCGAUUGUCGGCUGCGUCGCCGGACCGGCCACUGCCCAGGCAGAUCUCGACAACCAUACCUAUCUACGUCUACUUCUUGGGUCCCACCUGGCACACUACCUGAGAACGAAGCUCGAAACCGACUUUGGCUACACCUCAACGUGCGGCAUCUCAACCAACAAGUUGCUAAGCAAACUUGUGGGCAGCUGCCACAAGCCUCAGAACCAGACCACCUUCUUGGCCUGGAGCGAUGAGGGCGUGAUGGCAUUUAUGGAUGCACACAAGACGAGAAAAGUGCCAGGGCUCGGAUUCAAGACAGCUAUGCUACUGGAGUCACACGUUCUUGGCCAGGACGUCGACAUCGACACUGACUCACACUCUUUCGACUCCCUUGUCACCGUUGGGCAGGUGCGUCAGCAUCCGUCCAUGUCACCAGCAUUCAUUGAGACUCUUCUCAAGGGUCCUGGCUCAGAAAGGGGGGUGGGAACCAGAGUCUGGGGCCUGCUCCAUGGAGUGGACGAGUCAGAGGUCAAGGAAGCGAGCGACAUCCCUUCUCAAAUUAGCAUCGAAGACACGUACAAGGGCCUCGAGACCAUCCCUCAAAUCACAGAAGAGCUGCACAAGCUCUCAUGCUCCCUGAUACGAAGACUGCGGGUUGACCUGCUUACCGCUAACUCAAACGCCGAUGUUCCCGGUUGCCGCAAAUGGAUCGCGCGGCCUAAGACGCUGCGACUCUCCAUCAGGUCGUGGCCGACACGCCAAGUGCCACAUUCCACUCAAGCUAUGAAUUUCAGCAGAGCAUCUCGAUCAGGCCCCAUUUCGCCCUUUGUGUUCGACCUCGAGACCGACAUAGAUUGUCUUGCGCAGCGCCUCGUAGCGGAGACACUACUUCCACUUCUCCGACGUCUACAAACCGAACAAGGGCCAAACCAUAAAUGGAAUCUUCAACUAUUGAAUAUUUGCGCAGCCAACAUGGUUGCUGGAGCGGCGGAUGACAAAUUAGGGGUGGGGAGAGACAUCGGCGACAUGUUCAAGCAUCAGGACGAGAUGUUACGCCCGUGGAAAGUAACGCAACCCGCCGAUGAGCCGUCUCACAGUCAGGUCGAGGACGGCACGAAACAGGUGUCGUUCGACGAUGAUGAUUACGAAGGUGAUGUAGCUUGGGACGGCGCGGCGCAUCCUCAAUGCCCGGCUUGUGGACACCCCAUACCACACUUUGCGAUGGCUGCUCACGCAAGGUUUCAUGAGCUGGGGGGCUAAGGUUCUGGUCGACAUCCGGAGAUUCUCAACACUGAUGUGUCGACCAAUCUGAAAAACCUCCAUUUCGAGCGUUGCUACGACUUCUCACAUGUAGGGGAGGCAUACACCUUGACUUUGAAGCGAGACGCUAUUUCACACGGAUGGAUAACCGCAUGGUCAGCCAUCCUGCUUUGGCCAACGGUACAACCGUAAUAGUCAAAGAAGCAUGUGACGUUCGCAGCACACUGCACGCCGAGUAAUUGGACGAGAUCACACAACCUGAGGACGACGUAUAGCUUGUUUCCCCGAAGCGGUGUGGCUAGGAUCGAGCAUUAACAAUCUUUCCCCUCCUUAAAUGCGAUUUCCGGCGGAAAUGGCACCAGAAGGGGGCUGGGCUCCGCGGCAACGAUGAAAUCACGCGCCAGUCGCAAACGUCUUGCUCGUCAGAUCUGCUCCAUAGAGGUGCGAUGCUGUCGUCCCGCGUGUUACGUGGUGCCAUACACACAUACACACAAGGAUAGCUCCCGAUUCGAGCGAAAACCUAGUGGUUUUGUUACUGAAACGCUGGUGGCCGGCGUCGGUCAUCGGGUUCGUGCAUAGCUCAGCCCAGGGCGUCCAGAGAUGUGCGUGAUUCAGUGACCGUCUUUCGUCUAAUCAACUUGGAAAGGAGCAUUCUACUUCGUGUCGAGGCGGGUCUGCAUUCAGCUAGACAAUCACGGGAUGUGAUGCCGUUUGGUGCAACGUUUUCCGUUGUACCAUUGAAUCACCAGUGUGUGCGGAGGAUGAGCCUUCUGUCGGCGGCUAUCCGCAGGGCAACCAUGUACCAGAACUUGCUGGGGCCAAGGUGCAGUGGAUGCUCGAGAGGUGUCCCGGGAAGUGGGAACGACAGAUUCCAGGUCAUGUUCGUUUUGCCGAACAGAGAAGACGCGGGAGAAACAGAUGGUCUUGUGCUUUUGUGGAAGAAAGUGAGACGCGCAACGAAGGAGGGAGGCAUCACAUUCAUGGGGAGGGAGGCAGCACAGCGGCGCACGAAGCAACAGAGCACACGGCCAGCAACUCGCUCGCUCCUGCCAUUCAUUGUUGGACGAGAGCUCAGCAGUAGCAGUAGCAGUAGCAGUAGCCGUAGCAGCAGGAUAAUCGCGGUGGAAUCGCAUGGAGUGGCAGGAGCAGCGAACGCAGCUGGGCUGCACCUUCCCUCCGUC